AUGUCUUUGAAUCCAGCUUACGAGGCUAUUGGAAAGGGGUUCGUACAACAAUAUUACGUGCUAUUUGACGACCCGUCCCAGAGGCCUUCGCUAGCCGCCAUGUAUAACCCAGAAACGUCUUUUAUGACUUUUGAAGGUGUUCAACUACAGGGUACAGUUAAAAUAAUGGAAAAAUUAAAUAGUUUAACUUUCCAAAAAAUCAAUAGAGUUGUAACAUCUGUGGACUCACAGCCAAUGUUUGAUGGUGGUAUAUUAAUCAAUGUCUUAGGUCGUUUACAGUGUGAUGAAGAUCCACCUCAUCCAUUUAAUCAAGUGUUUGUAUUAAAAUCAGUAGGUAGUACUUUCUAUUGUGCCCAUGACAUCUUUCGUUUAGGAAUUCAUGAUACUAUGUAA